AUGUGCUCACCGGUAAAUUGGCAACUAAAUAAAAAGGGUCUAUCAGCGAGAGGUCGAUAUCUGUUGCAAAACCGUCGAUGGACCGACUGCGAAUUUCUAGUGGGUGAACCACCGAACCAGGAGUUGAUAAAAGCUCAUACGAUUUACUUGGCUGCUUCUAGUCCGGUGUUUGAAAAAAUGUUUUUUGAAUGUUCGCUAGAAGAGAAUAAUCCAAUACGAAUACCAGAGGUGAAGAAGGAAACCUUCAAAACUAUGCUUGAAUAUAUUUACGUCGAUGAAUUGGAGUUUGAUUGCUUCGAAUCAACUCGGGAUCUUUAUUACUGUGCAAAGAAAUACAUGCUAUUCGAUCUUGCUGAAAGAUGUAGCGUUUUUAUACAAACAAUUGUAUCAUCUCAGCAAGUGUGCGCGAUUUACGAAUUUGCUGAACUCUUUGAAGACAAAAAACUUGCUGAUAAAUGUAUCAAUUUAAUAUGUCUUGAAACUAAGAAAAUAUUGACCGGCCCAAGCUGGAUAAGUGCUCCAAAGGUCACUGUUUCCAUUCUCUUUGACCAAGAGAUGCUCAAGAUUGACUCGGAAGAGGAUCUCUACGUAGCCCUUCUUGUAUGGUCUAAAGCAGAAUGUGAAAGAAAAUCGCUUCCAACUGAUCAAAAAAAUUUGAGAACGGUCAGCGAGGAUCUUGUCACCAAAAUACGAUUUCUCACUUUUACCCCAGAAAAAUUUAUCAAAGGGCCAGGAAGAGCUGAGAUUCUUAACAAAGAUGAAGUUCUUGCUAUCAUCAUGAAUAUCAUAUCUCCCAACAGCGUACCCAUGCCUCUAGGUUUUUCUAUUGGGAAGGUUCGAACAUCUACUAACUACCCGCUGCAUCAACCACCCCCACAACUACCUGCAGACGAACCACUUGAUUUUUCCGAGGAUGAAGGGUAUGCGCGGAAAGGGUGCUACGAUAAUCGGCACUCAAAAAAACGUACUAGUGUCUCUAGACACCAUCGUGAAUCAUCGUCCCAAUUAUGA